AUGAAGAGGUUAUUAAAAAUAAAGCUUUUUAGAACUUUAAUAAUAGGGCCCCGGCUAAUAAGACCCUUAGCCUCGGCUAGUAACCUUAAGAAAUUCCUGAUAUACUUACUAACUUUUAUUAACUAUAGGCUUAUAUUAUAUAUACUAAUACUAAGGACGACUUUAAUACUACUUAUAACUACUUAUUAA